AUGCCUUUCAUCGCCCCAAACCGAGGAUAUCUCCCAGACGGGUCUGACCCCAACGAUAAGCCAUACUACUACCUCGGAUCGGGAUGGGACCCCAAGAAAACAAAGUCCGUCGACCUAACCAGGCACUAUUCCAACGCCCCUGUCUAUGAUCAAAUGGACACUGAUUCAUGUGUCGGCAAUACCACGGCCGCCGCUCUCUGGUAUGUUGCCAACAAGAGCCCUGGCAAGCUAUCGCUUGACCCAUCCCGUCACUUCAUCUGCUACAACACUCGUGCUCUUGAAGCCAUGGCCGACAACAAGGACAUGAAGCAAUGA